AAUUUGUCAAUGUGUCAGAUGAUCAACCGAAACGAGCAUUGAUUUAAUUAAUUUAUGUUAUCCCAACGGCCUGGCAACAGCCGACUCUCUGGUAACUCUGGACUAGCAUCGCAUCCAAUGGGAUCCCUGUGAGGGUCCUGGCCGCGCAACAGGUUGUCGGGAGUCUGUUUCCGUGCGAGAAGGAAAAGCUUUUGCGGGAAAGCUCGCCCGCCAGUCAUGAAUGAAAAGCAGGAACGCCAGCUCGGCUCACUUCGGAUUCGGAUUCUGGCUGCCUCAGCUUCUGCCAUUGCUGCUGCUGCUGGUGCUGCUUCUGUUUCGGGUUCAGUUUCAGUUUCGGUUUCUGCUUCAGCUUCAGCUUCUGUUUCUGUUUCCGGACGGAGCUCUCAUUGCGCCGCCAACCGGGCAAGCGAACGUACACGGGGCGGAUACCCAAGAUUCCGGAUUCGGAGAUUCUAAAACGAGUUUCAAAACCCUGGCGCGGUCCUAUUCGAAUUACAGCCAGCCGUCACAUUUCAUUUGAAUUUUAAUUCAAUAAAAAAGUGCACAAAACGCGAAUAAUCAGGAAAAAUAAUAAUAAUAAAAAGGAAAGGGAAAGAAACGAAAAGGAUAUCCCGCCUCGGCAGCAACAAAUGUAAAUGGUUGUCAUUUCGCAGUGUUUCUGGUGUGUGUGUUAAAAGUGUGUGUGCGGCGGUGUGUGUGUGUGUGUGAAAAUAUGCAAAGAUUUGCGUAAGUCGCGAGGCGUAAAAAAUAUUCAAAUUUCAUGUUGGAAUUACUGCACGCAUUCCUAAAUAAUCCAAUGCCAGCACAAGUGUGCAAAUAAUAAGGAGACUCGGCUCAAGAGGCGACGCCAAGCGUCUGCUAAUAGGAUUACGCAUCACCUCCGCCGUUGACAGUUUUAAGGAUUAGCAGGGAAUCCAACGGAAACCAAAACUUUCAGUCUCUUUCAAAAUGGUGAUGCCGAUGUGUUCGUGCCUUGCGUAGUUGCAUUCCAUCCGACAUCCAACCAUCCAGUAAUCCAGAUACCCAGAAAUGUGGACCUAUAUGAUGGCUGCCGCCCGCGGAGAUCGUGUCAACACGAUGAUGUCCACCCGUAGAAGACCAGAAACCGAGUCCCCAAAAUACGGUUAUAACCUCUCCACCCGUCCCAUGUACCGCACCACACGAUUUGUGGGUCCUGCCUCCUCGGCGCCGGCCCAACUGCAGCUGCCCUGCGGCUCCCAUCAGACGUCAGUGGGCGUUACACCUCCGCCUCUGGAGGAGAUUAGCGGUGGGCUCUUUGCCCCCUUUGCGCCCACGGCGACGAUAACGGUUGAGCAGGCAGCCACCUCGAUACCGAUGUCAGUGAAUGGUGAACAGGGCCUGGAGGUGCACCACCUCCACUAUCCGCCCCGGAGUUGGCAUCGAAAAUAUAGCCGUGGGAAUCGCCGACAAACGGAGGAGACAGACGACGAGGAGGAUGCCUCCUCCGACGACGAGGACGAUGAGUUGGCAGAACCCGUUGGCGAAGGCAACCCGGAGGAGGCAAUAGCCCGGGCUGACCAGAAGCAGAAUCACCAUCAAAAGCAUCACCAGCAACCGGAUGCCAGUGAUUGCGGUUAUGUGGAAAAUGGCAGAAAACUGAUACAGGAACCUAGUAAACGAAGCAAGCCAUCGGCUCUGAGACGCACCCUGCAAGCCCUCCGCCAGCGUCUGACCAAAAGAAAUCGCCCCAAGCCGCCAGAUUGGUUUCUCGAGAAGUUCUCCAAUACCACCAACACGGACAAAAUUGGCAAGGGUUGUCCGGCCAUGGAGGAUGCGGCUCUUUCCAGCGAAAUACGCGGCACCAGCGUCCUGUGCAACAGACUCUCCGUGGAUCCCACAUUGCAGUCGCACUACAGGUGGCUGGCUAUUGUUUCACUGGCGGUGCUUUAUAAUAUUAUUUUUGUGGUCGGUCGGGCGGUCUUCUGGGAGAUCAACAAAAGUGCUCCGGCGGUGUGGUACACCUUGGACUACCUCUGCGACUUCAUCUAUCUGCUGGAUACGCUCGUCCACAUGCAUGAGGGAUUCCUAGACCAGGGUCUCCUAGUGCGGGAUGCUUUCCGGCUGCGCAGACACUACUUCCACACCAAGGGCUGGUACCUGGACGUCCUCUCGAUGGUGCCCACGGAUCUGGCGUACAUCUGGUGGCCACCGGAGACCUGUUCCAGCCUGUAUCUUCCAUGUCCCGUGAUCGUGAGGCUGAAUCGUCUGCUGCGAGUGAAUCGCCUUUGGGAGUGGUUCGAUCGAACGGAAACUGCCACUGGAUACCCGAAUGCCUUCCGGAUCUGCAAAGUGGUGCUGGCCAUCUUGGUGUUGAUUCACUGGAAUGCCUGCAUGUACUUUGCCAUUAGCUAUGAGAUUGGUUUCAGCUCCGACUCGUGGGUCUACAAUCUGAACGGAACGAGAAACAACACGCUCCAGCGGCAGUACAUCUACAGUUUCUAUUGGUCCACCUUGACCCUGACGACAAUUGGAGAGACUCCCACGCCGGAGAACGAUGUGGAGUACCUGUUCGUGGUGGCCGAUUUUCUGGCCGGAGUUCUCAUUUUUGCCACCAUUGUCGGUAACAUCGGCUCCAUGAUCUCCAAUAUGAAUGUGGCCCGGGUGGAGUUCCAGAACCGAAUGGACGGUGUCAAGCAGUACAUGGCAUUUCGGCGAGUGGGCCACGAACUGGAAGCCCGGGUGAUCCGAUGGUUCGCCUACACCUGGUCCCAAAGCGGAGCCCUCGAUGAGGAGCGCGUCCUGGCCGCACUGCCAGACAAGCUGAAGGCCGAGAUUGCCAUCCAGGUGCACAUGGAUACCCUGAAGCAGGUACGAAUAUUCCACGACACGGAACCCGGUCUCCUGGAGGCUCUGGUGCUGAAACUGAAGCUGCAGGUCUUCAGCCCCGGAGACUACAUUUGUCGCAAGGGCGACGUGGGCAAGGAGAUGUAUAUCGUCAAGAGGGGCAAGCUGUCCGUGGUGGGAGAUGAUGGCAUCACCGUGCUGGCCACUUUAGGAGCCGGUUCUGUGUUUGGCGAAGUCUCCGUCCUGGAGAUAGCCGGAAAUCGAACGGGCAAUCGCCGGACAGCCAAUGUCCGCUCCCUGGGCUACUCGGAUCUGUUCUGCCUGGCGAAAAGGGAUCUUUGGGAGACACUGGCCGAUUAUCCUGAGGCCAGAUCCACGCUCACCCAACGAGGAUGUCAACUUCUACGUAAGGAUGGACUUUUGGAUGAGCAAAUAUUUUCCGACUCCCAACGAGUUCAUGACAGCAUCGAGGGUGGAAUCGAGAAGCUGGAACUGUCGGUGGAGAACCUGAACAUGCGACUGGCGCGCCUUCUGGCGGAAUACACCGCCAGCCAGGCCAAGAUCAAGCAGCGACUGGCCAAGCUGGAGAUGAACGGCGGCCCUGGAACUUGGCGAUUGGAGUGUGAGCCGCAGACGCGGGGUCGCAGCGGCCGCCUGUACUCGCUGCAGCCAAAGAGGCGCCCACGUUCCCGACCUGACGCGACUGCCAAAAGCGGCGAGGCUGCCAAGCAGAACACGCUCUAAGCCACUGGCCAGCCAAGUCCCACAGAAGUCCUUUCACCCUUCCGCCACCCCAGGCACCAGGCCCCAGCCAAGGCCGGAAAAUAGUGAUAAAUGCAUUAAACUUGCAGGAGUUGUUUUGGGGGCGGGGGUGGUAAUAACGAAACCCCUUGGCCCGGGGCCAAGUUUACAUGAAUCUGUUUUUUCGGGGCGGCCAGUUAAAUCAAUUUUUAAUUUUUACAAUUAGUUUGUAGUUGAGCCAGACGAAGGGGUCGGCGGUAAGUGAGAGGAGGGCCUGUUUGUAGCAAACUUUAUAAAUUUGUAAAAUGAUUCAAAACUGAAUGUGCCUCAAAAGUGUGCGUGUGUGUGUAUGUGUAAGGGAUACUUUAAGGGAGGAACAUGAAGAGAGCGAGAAACGGAAGCCGGAAGGUCAAAUAAUUGGGAGCUAGAGGCCCAUCAAGAGUUAACCCACUACGAUCCAGUGUACAUAUUCUAAGCAUAGUCCAAUUUUACAAAUGAACAGCAAAUGUUUGCCUAGGCUAGGACGAUUUUACACAUCCAAGGAACAAACUAAACUAAAAAAACAAACAAUGAAUUAAUUGCACAAAAUCGGAUCGAGACAGUAAAUGAAAGUAACUAAACUAAUAAGUAAUAGAAUAUAACUGACCAAGUACCGACGAUGACAUUGCUGAAAUACUUAGUUAAAUGAGGAUAAGUGGGGAGAUUUAAGAAAUGUAAAUGAUGCACACCAAAAACCAAACAAAUCGAAUUCAAUGAAAGCAAAUGUUAACAAACCAAGCUUCCAAAGCUACCAAACCAACGCAAAAACAAACAAAAUCGAAACGUAAAACAAAAAAAAAAAAUCACACACAAGAAAAACAAAAAGCAAAGAAAGAAAAACAAAUGAAAUGUAUUUUUAUAUUAGUCCUAGACAUUGAAUGUACCAUGUAUUGUAUAUGUGUAAGCAGAAUAAACGAGAAUUGAGUCAAAUUAUACGGAGCACUUAUGUCAACGUAAACGAAUCCGGCGUGAGUGUCUCCCUGACGGAGCACAGAGACUCUGACGGAUAAAUGCAAAUCGCCCACAGCCUCCGGCCACACGUUCACCAAAGGAUUUCUUUACAGGACUCUUUUUACUGUCUCUAAUGACAUCUUCGAGGGUGUCGACAAGCAGAAAAUAACCACAACAAAAAGGCAAAUGUCUCCAACCAAAUGAAGUAACUCUUUAAAUAUUUUAUACCUUUUUUUAACGCAAAGAAAGUUUUAAAAUAUUACUUAUUUUCAUGUUAAUAAACAUUAACUUAAUAUAUUUUUCACAAUGUAGUAGAAACUGGCAACAUAGUCAAUAAAUGCAGACGCAUUGGGGAAAAUGACAGCGACACGCGUUGGCUUUUUAGGUGCGACUCUCUCUUUGUGCGUACAACAGGGCGUAUGAGCAAUGCCAGCGCUGAAAAAGGUACAACAACAAAAAGUAAAUAAAUAGAAGGAAGAAGUGUUAAGAGCAGUGCUCCGGGGCAAAGGACGAAGGGGAAUGAGGAGUGUGUGUGCCUCGCAAAGUCGGUGGAGACAUGUGGAGCCAUGCGGAACCCCAAAACGGUCGCAUCAUGCCGUAAGUGCAGUAAAAAAUCAAUUUUGACAAAAUGUUGAAAAAUACACCCAAAGCCUUAAAAAAGUUGGGGUAUAUUUGGGGCCUUCGAAAGCAAAGAAAAAAAUAAGAAAUCAGGGGGGCUGAGAUGGGGCACUGGCACAUGAACUGAGCCGCCUGGGGUGUGCUGGAAAAUGACUGACAAUAAAAUGUUGACGCAGCCAAAGAGCAUUAUGGAUACAGGGUGCUCGAAGGCGAUUGGAUUAAGUCGAUAAGUCCAAGGGUUGGGGGCAACUCCAUCUAUACCACCUACCUAUACCUACUCCCAAAAAAAUGCGGCACAAUAACAUUCUGGGUACCUGCUGGUCUUUGCUUUAUUAAGGCCAGAAGUUCUCACUCAACUUAAGCUGAUUGAUGUUUCGAGGGUUUUUCGGUUCACACAUCUGCAUAAAAUAAAUCCUUACAGUGCUCUGGUAUCGGAAAUGUUUGUAUAUUUUACAUAUAAAUACAUUUAAUAAAUAAAUAGAGUACAAAAAUGGUUAUUUUGUAUUUGAGUUUUUUCUUAAAACACAAACAUGUAGGUUUCCAGGCAAAUAUUUAGCCAUUCGCACUUCAAAGUUUAAAUUGAAAGUGGGAAAAACCAAUUUCGACAAUUAAUAUGUCAGCGAUUUGGAACUUCCUAAAAGCUGGAACUUGUAAUUAAUCCAUCGUUGGAUUCAAAUAAAAGAAAUCCAUUUAUCAUUCAUCAUUCUUCGCUGGUUAAUGCGUGCCUUUUAAGUAUGGGAAUGAUUUAUUAUGCCUACCAUACACAUAUGUAUGAACGUAGCACCCCGAAUGCUUCUUUUCACAAUCGGUUCAGCACUUGACUUGGCUUGAUUUCAAUUCAGAAAGCAAUAAUAAAAACGUAUAAAUAUGUCCCAUCAAUUGAAUGACUUGCAACGUCUUCAAUGCAUGUUAUGUUUAGGCGUUUUAAAGUGCAACCGCAAUGAUGUCGACAAACUUGUGGAACACAUGAAAAAGGUUCACCCCGACAUUGUUGGUAUGACUGACGUGAAUUGCAAUCCUAGCAGCGCCUCAAUAGCAAAUCAAAGCGAGGACUUGGCUAACUCAAAGUCUGGUCUUAACAAAAAUUCUGAGAACCCACCGGAUAAUAAUAAGAGUCUGUAGGAUGAAGAUCUUAAGAAGAAUAUGAAAUAUUAAUAUGCUCUUUUAUAUUCUUACAAAGAAAAUCUAAAUUUUCAUUAGGAAUGAAAAAAAAUUAAACCAGGCUCUCUUAAAGAGCAGAUCCUUUACCGGAAAGAAUAAAUAUUUAUGCCAUGGUUUCGAUUGGUAUUAUCGCAAUUGAACUGCUGGAAAGCAAAA